AUGAACUGGCUCAACCUCAUCAAGGAUAUUGUAGACAACUGGAGGACUAUCCCAGACGAAGCUAUUGUCAUCGUAUUGCUGGGGCCAACGGGUUCGGGAAGGUCAACCUUCAUAAAUGCAGCAAUUGGCGAGGAGCAUUGCGAGGCCUCUGGAAGCACGACACGCACUGCAAGACUGAGCAAUGACUCUCCGUCUUCGUUGGACCCUAUAACGAAAGUCGUUCAGAGAGUUCAUUACAAGACCUCGGAUCGUAAAUUCGUGUUCAUUGAUACGCCCGGGUUAGACUUGGAGGAAUUCGCCCCAGCGAAGUCCGCCCUCAGGCUGCCGAAUGGCAGAUUAGUAGACGGAAUAAUAUAUCUGCAUCGUGUCAACACUCCCCGUGUCACGACAUCACCUCAGACGUACGAAAAAGUCUUUCAGGGGCUAGUGGGGAACGAAUGGGAGAAGAAAACCUUGUUUGCGACGACAAUGUGGAAAGAAGUGGACAACGCAAGAGGCGAGGAUAGGCAGCAGAAAUUGGAGGAGACCUACUGGCAGCAAGCCAAACAGCGAGGGGCUAAAGUGGAUCGGUUCUUAGGGGAGCGAGACGACGCGUGGCGCCUGAUCAACCGCCUUACUUCCUAG